AUCAUUCUCCUCCCAGAAACGGUUGCGGCGGCGCCGUAAGUGUGUUGGGCACAUAGAGAUAGAUGGAAGACUAAUGUUUGUAUCUGUGCCAUUGUAGGGUAUGUGACAGCAUGGGCAGCACCAUUGAUACUCUCUCCAUUUUAAAGUAGUCAGUUUCUUCUUCACGAUUGACUGAUCCCUCCUGGUGACCCUGUUGGAAUCAUGUCCAUGCAGUUAGAAGUCCCACCCAGUAGACUACAUUCAAGUGGUGGAAGCCCUCAAUGGCGCUGCCCAUGCUAAAUAAAGCAUUUUGGCCACUACUCGGCCUCUAUCAUUCUCUAUGGUUGGGCAUCAGCCGCAUUAAUUUCUGACGUCAAAGAAACGUAGCUAGCUGGAAAGAAUCCCACAAUGGUCCAUACCAAUGAAGAGGUCCGCAAUAAUAAGUGUAUUUCACCAUGGCAAUAUGUGAAAUAAUACACAUUAGUAGUUAAACACAUCAAUACUGAGCACAGUAACGCAAUAAUGGACCUCAAAUUUCAUGAAAAUAACCAGGGAAAAAAGCACAACAGCCAACAUCAUCAUGAGGCUGUAUGUUUGGCUUGGAUAUUCUGCCCUUGUUAUAGCUAGCUAUAGUCCAAAACAAGCAUGCAUACAAACAUACACAUCUAAUACACAUCGUAUGACCAUUGUCUUGUACAUUUCUUGAUCAGUGACAUUUCUGGAAAAAAAAUCGGACAAUAUCGCAAAUAACUGUAGAUUUCCAUGACUGUUAAAUAUGAGACUGUACUGUCCUCUAGUGGCUGACAGUUUUUUACUGUAAUGUAUUAUUUUUGGUAGGCUACACAAAAGCCAGUUAGGCUUUACAUAGAAGAGUAUAUUGUCACUUUUUUCUCAUUACUAUAUAUAAAAAAUCCACAGCUUGUGUUUUAUAGACUAACGGUGUUUUAGAUAAUCUGCUCUCUACACAAAGUGGAUGAUUUGUUUCAAGUAUGUGUUGCAUUUACCUUAUGGGAACUCAGAAGGCUAGUGUUGAAUUUACAAUAAAUACACCAGGCUAGAAUAUUAAGAUAGCAGUAGGUGGAUAGUUUAUCAGGUACUUUACCAGGAAAAGGGGGGGGUUCUUGUAAAUUGUACCUCUGUCUCUCGAAGGUAGGCUAUUCGGUAGCUCCAUUGCUGCUUAGCCCUCUGUUCCUCAAUUCCACUGUCAUGCAGCAAAAUAUGUGGGUACCGUUUUGAAAUCUUACUUGGCCAGUGUCUUAAAAAAAAUCUUUUUUUACCGACUUUUCAAAAAGUGAUUGUGUAUUUGGGGUCUUAGUCAAAUUAAUUAUCUAUAUACUGCAAAAAUGCAACUUUUCAUCCGUUCUUGAUUUGUAAACGAGCAUUUGUAGUUUUCCGCAUGUGGUCGAAUCAAUGUACAAGUUUGAUUGAAUUCUUGCGUCUAUAUUUUGGGCGGUAACUACAGUACGAAACUUGAGGCUUUCCUUAGUUGAGAAUAACUUCUUUUUUUUUUUAAUGGUGUGCAGGUAGGUGCAUCUUUGGUGCGGACAGUCAAGAGGGGGAGGCUAACCAUUUUUUUUGCUAGCAUCUUCCAGUGCUGUUCUUUAAUUAAAGUGAGUAAGACAAACGUUAGCGUGGUCAACUUGAUUAAAAGCUAGUUAGGUUUAUCUAGUUUGAGGUUUUGCUACCAUCUCACAUGGCAGCAAAUUAGCAAAAGUUUACCAACCAAGCCAGCAUGUCAAACGAAUGAACAGCUAGUUAGUAGCUAGUAACGUUGUUUGAAAGUUAUGUUACAAGGCAGUUUCCUAUCUUAACAUCAGGUCAUUCUUAGAUUGUCACUAUAACUACCAACUAAAGUUAUGCUUUUGUUCCAUUGCAAUAUAUCGGUCUCCCUGUUGAGUGUCUCCACAGGAAUGUAUCAGCAAACAGACGUAAUGACUUCACCAACAGAGAAAAUCGUGCUGAAAAGCACCUCAACAAUUUCCCUCAACGAUCGCUUCACCACCCUGCUGAACAACAAGCAGCUGGAGCCAGUGGCUGUACCAGUCAACAUGCAGCAGCAGCAAGUGGCCAGUGUCCGCAACAGGAGACUGGCUCGGCAGAUGGAGAACAGAACCUCUGUGCAGGCUGCCCUGCAGCCCAAGAGCCUGAAGCAGUGCCUGGGGAAGGGCAAUGUCCUGGCAAGGCUAGGUCGGCCAAUGGGGACCCUGAUGCGGGGGGCCACCAGAAGCCAAGGAUUUGCUGUAAGGGGACUGCGAGGAAUGCAUCGAGGAGGUUUCGGAGUGUGUGGAAACAACAGAAGGGGAUUUUUCAGAGGUGGCUAUGCUUUCAGAGGAGUGAGUCAGAUGCGUGCCCGGGGAGGGGUGACUAAGUUUAGGUUUCGUCGGGGCUUGAGGUUGCAAGGUGGCCAGCUGAACGAUGCUGGAGUGCUGGUUAGCUGCGGAGCCAGGAAUGAACUGGGCCUGAGAGGAAGAGGUAGAGGAGCUGGUCUGGGCCUGCGGGGCCGGGGAUGGUUCCGAGGCAUGGGCAAACCUGAGAAAAUCCCCACCAAAGAGGAGCUGGAUAACCAACUAGACAACUACAUGUCAAUGACCAAGCGCCACCUAGACGCAGAGCUGGAUUCCUACAUGGCCACGGCAGGUUCCGACUACAUGGAGUAGAACCCUGCUGGAAGACGAGUAGGCAGCAUCAACAAAUACACUGAGGCUGUCCAGGGGUGAUUCAUUAGUAGAACUAUCCCUCACUGGAAACAGAUGGAUGUGACAACCAGGCUCUCUGGCUUACUCAGAACUAUUGUUAAAAGCACUAUUUGUGAACAAAUAUGUGGUGGUACACACACAAGCCCAGAAGCCUGUGUUAUGUGGCUGAAUUGGAGCUCUCUAGAGUCAUACUUUAACUGUUAUGUUCUUUUCAUCAUUUAUUCAUUUAUAAACUUAGCUCAGUGCUGAGCAAGGUGGGCUAAAACAUUGCCUAAGAAAGAAGUAUGAAGGUCUGCAAGACUUGUCUAAAAAUAAUUACUUGUUCAGUAAAAUCACAAGCCAACCAAUUCUCUUUGCUCAGGUACAUUGUGGGUUUGUCCAAGACACUUCACACUAUAGAUGUCAUGUUUUUGCUACAAUGUACUUUCAAAACUGAGUUUAUUUUUUUAUUUUGUGACAGACUGUAUUGUAUGUACCUCAGCUUGCCAGGUUUGGCUGCAUUGUGGAUUUAUAUAGAAAUGUUGAUUUUAGUUUAGCUGAGAGAAAUUGCCACCAUUUGUAGUAAGAGGACUAGUUAUCCAACCAGUUCCUGUCAGAUAAUGUUUUUUUUUGUUGUUUUUUUUGAGAAUGAAUGGCCCAACUGUUAAAAAUAUUCUUAAGAGUUUUGAUAUGCUCAACAUUGUUUUAAUAAAAAUAUUUAAAGCUGUUGCUA